UCAACGAAACAAGCCAAAAUCUCGAGGGUGCUUCCCCGCCAUCACUCAUGUUCAGCAGCGAUGAUGAUGAUGAAGAAGCCAAUCAAGAUUUGAAUCUCAAAAUCGUGGAAAAGGCCCUACGAAACUGAGAGGCAAAGCUUGCACUAAACGACGUAGUUUUGAACGGUAUCGACUCUUCUCUGGUUUCACCGUCGCACCAAUCUGAAUUCAAGGUGAUGCAACGCGACGUUUUGGAUAUAGCUGUUUGGGAAGUGAUGGAAGAGAAGAAAACGACGAAGUUGAUGAUGGACUCUGGGGAUUCAAGUGUAAUUAUUAGAAGAUAUUCUAAUUAAGAAAGGUGCAAACUACGUUGAUGAUCGAAUUGUUAAAGCGCUUAUUGCCCGUGAUACAGGAAAUAUCCGCAUCAAAGAUAGAAAAGGUCAAACUGCACUGCAUAUGGAUGUCAAAGGACCGAGUACAUCAAUGGUGGAAAAGAUAUUACAUGCUGAUCCAACUAUAUUGAAUAACUGCAAUAAGAAGGGUAAUACAACUCUUCACAUGGCUACGAGGAAAGAUAGUGAGCCUUUUGUUAAGCUAUUCAUCUGUGGAUUUUAAUGCUAUCAAUAAGCAAAUAAGAAACAGCAACCGAGGUUGUACAAGACGAGUAAACCGAUAUGCAAAAGUUAUGAUUUCAGCGAGUAAAAGACAGAGAUGGUGACUCACUCUCGCAUAUAAUCAAUCAUGGGAAACGAUUAUUCUGAAAUUGACGAGUGGAACCAGAAGAAGAUACACCAGAAUAAUGUGAAUCAUAUAGAAGUAAAAGAUAAGUCAAACAAUCUCUUUUUAAAUCCAUGUGAUUCAUGUGUGCAUAUAUUUUGAAUUGAUGUGUAUCUAUUUAUUAACUCAUGUAUUGUAUGGCUCUAUUUUUCCUUCGUUUUCAAUUUCUACUACAAAACUAUAAUCAGAUAGAGUUUCAAACAAGCCUUUGAAUCUCUUUCCUCUCUCUCAUCUCCACAAGGUGUGAUUGUGCUUGGAAAAUGGCUUCUGGAACUGUGCCUGCUUCGUUUUCUAGCUUCAGGAUGUCUGAAUCCGGUUUGGGGUUUGUGAAAAGUAUUGAUUUUGUGAGAGUUUCUGAUUUGAAAAGAAUGAAAUCCGCAAGGACUAAAGUGUCAAUUAUCAGAAAUUCAAACCCUGGUCAGGAGGUUGUUGAACUUCAACCUGCUUCCAAAGGAAGUCAGCUUUUGGUUCCUAGGCAAAAGUACUGUGAAUCGUUGCACAAAACUGUGAGGAGGAAAACAAGGACAGUGACGGUUGGUGACGUGACGAUUGGUAGUGAGCAUCCGAUAAGAGUUCAGACCAUGACUACGACUGAUACUAAGGAUGUUGCUGGAACUGUUGAACAGGUGAUGAGAAUAGCUGAUAAAGGAGCUGAUAUCGUUCGGAUAACAGUUCAAGGGAGAAAAGAAGCCGAUGCAUGUUUUGAGAUUAAAAACUCGCUCGUGCAGAAAAACAAGCAACCCAGUUAUCAUGGUUCAGGCGUAUCGGUUACUUGUAGCUGAAAUGUAUGUCCAAGGCUGGGAUUAUCCAUUACACUUGGGAGUUACUGAAGCUGGAGAAGGUGAGGAUGGUAGGAUGAAAUC